AUGUCUACAACAACUUCUAGCGAGUACGAUGUGCUCGAAAAGAUUGGGCAUGGAUCAUUCGGUAUCAUUCGCCGUGUGAGGAGGAAGUCCGACGGUCUUAUCCUCUGCCGUAAAGAGAUCAACUACGGCAAGAUGUCGCAAAAGGAGCGUGAGCAGCUCCACGCGGAAUUUCAGUGCUUGUCCAGCCUGCGCCACCCGAACAUCGUCGCGUACUAUCAUCGGGAGCACCUUAAGAGCCAGCAGGAGCUUCACUUGUACAUGGAAUACUGCGGAAGCGGCGAUCUGGGCCGAGUCAUCAAGGACCUCACGAACAAGGGCCAACGGGCCACCGAAUCAUUUGUUUGGAGCACAUUCUCACAGCUCGUGGCCGCGCUCUACCGAUGUCAUUACGGCAUUGACCCUGCCGAGAUAGGAACUGACAUCUUGGGCAUUGCCUCCGGGGCUCAGAAUCAAAAGGCGCCCGAGGGUGGCGUCGUAAUCAUGCACCGAGACCUAAAGCCGGAGAAUGUAUUCCUCGGCAAGGAUAACUCUGUUAAAUUGGGCGAUUUCGGCCUAUCCAAGAUGAUAAAAUCACACGACUUCGCCUCAACUUACGUGGGGACUCCUUACUACAUGUCGCCGGAAAUCUGCGCGGCCGAACGAUACACCCUCAAAUCUGAUAUUUGGUCGCUCGGAUGCAUCAUCUACGAGCUCUGUGCUCGCGAGCCCCCUUCAACGCCAAAGUGUCUGCGAGUGAAUCCGGACGAGCGUCCGUCCACGUUUGACCUCCUCCAGCUCCCUAUUAUGCGUCUUAUGAGGAAGGAGAAGGAAGUGUCAGACAUGGGCAAGUCGCUUAAGAUGCGAGAGGCAGCCUUCCUUGCCAAGGAGGCUGAGCUUGCUCAGCAAAUUUCGGCGCUCGAGUCCACCAGGGCGAUGAUGCGUGAAGAGAUCAACACAAACCUGCAUCGAGAGUGGGAAGUGAAGGCUCGUCUCGAGAUUAGCAAGCAAAUCAACAUGGAGGUUGAGAAGUUGCAUCGGCAGUUUGAUGCCGAGGUUCAGGUCCAAGUUGAGAUGGAGCUGAAGCAAAGAUUGGCCCUCAGGGACACGGACACGGCGCAGGCAGAUGCCAUCCUGGCUCUCAAGGGGGCCCAGCCCCCUCGUCCUCGUCACCAUGUUCGCCGGCCCCGCCGGAACUCCGGGGAUGUUGAAAUGUCGGAGCCCUCUCCCAUGGCGAUCUCGUCGCUGUCGCUUUCUCCUCGUCGCAACGCCGCGAUGAAGCCUCCCACCGUCGGCAGUGCCAACAUCUUCAAAGUGGGCACGCAACAAGCGAACGCGGACCUUCUCUGGAACGUGCCCCGGGAUUCCAAGACGCCCGACUCGGAUGACGAGGAUUUCCUCCCUUCUCCCACAAGAAAUAUCAGGUCGAACAAGAACCCCUUUAUGGCUAAGAACAGGCCCACGCUCGCCUCCAAAAUCUCCAAUAAGCCGCUUCCCAUGAUUCCAUCCAUGCAGAUGAGCCCCGAGGGGCCCAAGGGCGGGUUGCUAGAUCGGCCCACCUCCCCCAACCGCCGACUUAGCAAGAUCCCGUCCGCGACGAACCUCGGCCACCGGGCGGCGGCCGAUAUGACGGGCCAGCUGGGCAGGAAGCCUUCCCUGCAGCAGGCGCGUGCGGGCGGCCGGCCUCUUUCGGCGGUCAUCGCCCCCGGUGGCGAGAAUGUGAGCCCCAAGAAGGCAUCGGCGUCCAAGGACCGCGGCGUGCCGGCUCGGAGAGCUAGCGACACAGUAUCCGGCUGCGUAGCGGUGUGGGACCCUGAACGCGACGAGAUGCCGAGCCCGUUCCUGGUGCGGACUAAGCAACAGCGCGUGCGGAUCUAG